GAGACCGUCGGCUUACACUACACACAUGAUACACGGAAUACUGUCAAAUAUCAUCACAUAUGUUGACAAUCCAUCAUUAUAUAUUGGUGAUUAAAUAUAUAUACAUACAUAUAUAUAUAUCUACAUGUACAUUAUAUUAUAUACUGUUAUAAGUGACCGAUUUAAGUCAAUGAAAUAAUUUAUUUAAAGUAGGAUAAUUAUUAUUGCUUUAAAUGUCAAGUAACGGACGUGUGUUUAAAAGUUGCGCGCCGACGGAUAUUACAAAUAGUGCGUGAGAUUUUUAAUUAUUUAUUUAUUUUAUUUAAUUUUUUUUUUUUUAAUUUUGUUAAAUGAAUACGCAAAGGUAGACGCGGUGGAUUUAUGUUACUUAAUAGCGAUAUGCAACUUAUGAGAUGGAGUAUUACGAGAGGACUCGAGAAUCGGAAUAUCAAGCGACGGGAUUCGAAAAAUUGUCAACAAGAUAAUAAUGGAAUUAAUCAAUCGCGAUUAACGUCACCACGUUACUCUGAAGAUGACAAUGAGACGGGGUCAGAGGGUGAAGACAGCAGCGGUGGAGUAGCUGUCAAUGAGUCAGCCGUUGAUUUGACGUCGAACAGAUCAAAUAUAGAAGACGAAGAUGAACGUGAGCCGGAUGAAUUGCCAAUGGAGGAAGACGAUGAGGAAGCGGUGGAUGAACAAGAUGAUCAGGAUGAAGAUGAAGAGGGUUCACGUAAGCAAAUACGUAAUCGUCAGGAUGCUGAAAAUAAUAAUAGUUUUAUUGAAAGUGGAACGUCAAGCGGGUUAUUUUCAGUGCCCGCGGGUACAAGUCACGUUACCCUUGAAGCACUACAAAAUACCAAAGUCGCAGUGGCACAAUUUGCAGCAACGGCGCUUGCCGGUGGUGCAGAUAGUGAAGCAGCAUUACAAGACUUAGCAUUAUUACAAAGUACACUUUACACACUACAGCAUCAGCAAGUCUUUCAAUUACAAUUGAUAAGUCAGCUACAGCAACAGUUAUCAAUAACACACACGACCGGUGCGCCAGGUCAACCAAGUGCUGUAGGUUUAGUGCAAAGUGAAACAGUUGCUGAGACAAAAGAAUUAUCAACCCCACCGUCUCCAUCUUUACAUCAUCAGAAAUCAUCGAUAGCCUCAAGUUUAAAUUCACCGCCAUCCUCACGACCUGCAAGCCAUCAUCCGCCGUCAUCGCCGCUCAAUGUGCCGGUCGUAUCCCAUCCAGAACGACCGUCUGGUUCAUCUACAAGUACAUCGCCGAUAAGUUUAACAAUUCCUACGGUACCGAGUAUUGUUAAUUCAAUAUCAGCAUCAACUAGUGUAAAUACAUGUACGACAUCCAGUAAUACCAUGACGUGCGUACAGACACCGGUGUUGUCACAGCAUCAAAUGCCGGCACUUUGUUCUAUAAGUUCGUCACUUGCUUCGUCCAUCAUCACCAACAAUGAUCCGAUGCCACUAAACGAGCCAAAUACACUGGAGAUGCUCCAAAAACGCGCUCAAGAAGUGCUAGAUAACGCGAGUCAAGGUCUAUUGGCAAAUAAUUUAGCGGAUGAAUUGGCAUUUCGUAGCGGCAAAAGUGGCUCACGUUUAUCACCAUACGAUUCAAAAUCCGGCGGCGGUAGAGGCGAACCAUUCUUCAAGCAUCGAUGUCGAUAUUGCGGGAAAGUCUUCGGCAGCGAUUCAGCCCUUCAGAUCCACAUAAGGUCCCACACAGGUGAGCGUCCCUUUAAGUGCAACGUCUGCGGAAGCCGAUUCACCACCAAGGGAAACCUCAAGGUCCACUUCCAGAGGCACACGGCAAAGUUUCCGCACGUUAAGAUGAAUCCAAAUCCCGUGCCUGAACACCUCGACAAGUACCAUCCUCCUCUGCUCCAGCAGCUCGCGGCCUCCGGUCAAAGACCCCUUCCGUCACCUCCACUACCCUCAGCGGCACCGCCUACCGCUGGCUCGGUACCCUCACCUCAUCACGCCUCGUUUCACCCAGCCUCGACUCACGGUUUUCUCCCACCCCCGCACCACCCACAGCCUCCUUUACCUCUGAGUCUUGCCCUACCGGCCGCCGCAGCAGCAGCCGCAGCCGCUGCUGGCAUGCCACCAACCCUUUACCACCGAGGACCAAUCGUUAGUCAACGCGACGAUCAGGAUCUCCCGGAGAACCUUAGCAAAUCUACUACUACUGAUAGUACUACUACUCCUAAUAAUAAUAAUAAUAAUAAUAAUAAUAAUAAUAAUAAUAAUAAUAAUCAUCAUUAAUACCAACAACAGCAACAACACCACCAACAAAUUCUAUUUAUUCACAAAAGACAACAAGAAGAAAUGAAACGUGAACAAUUAUCACCAUCUCCUCAAAUAAAUAGGAUCGAUGAUAAUACAAAUCAAGGUCCUGAUGAUUUGACGACGGCGACAAUGACCCAGACGACAAUUACUAUGACACCGACGACGAUAAUGCCAAAACGUGAACCUGAAGAGCCAGUAGAUGAAGAACCUCAAGAAGAUGAAACCGAUGAAUUUGAUCCGCCAUCACCUAGACGCAGUUAUCUUGAUCGAUCAUCACCACUGAUCAUGUCCAAUCAGAACGUUCAUAUGUCGCAUUUACAGUCUUAUGAAGACUGCAGUAUGGACAGCAAAAUGAGUGGGAGAUUAGAGCAAGAUGGUGAUAUGGACGGUGAUGAAGAGAUGGAAGAACAACCAGAAAAUUUAUCAGGCAGAGGUGGUCAUAUGUUUCAUCAGCAAACUAUGGGUUAUCAUCAUCCCGGUGCAUCUCCAGCAAGUAGUACUGCCAGCAGUGGUAGUUUGCAAACGUCAUUUGCCGGUUUACUAUUUCCUACCGCACCGCCUGGUCAUCAUCAACACUUGCCACCAUUUAUUCCAACAUCAAGUUCACUAACCCAAGGUACAAAUACUUCUGCCCAUGAGUCAAUGAUUAUUGACCCAUCUAAAGACCCAGCGAUUUAUUCAAAUUUAUUGCCGCGACCUGGUAGCAACGACAAUUCAUGGGAGAGUCUUAUUGAAAUCACGAAAACAUCCGAGACAUCUAAAUUACAACAACUAGUUGACAAUAUUGAACACAAACUUACGGAUCCAAACCAAUGUGUGAUUUGUCAUCGUGUCUUGUCAUGCAAAAGCGCGCUGCAAAUGCAUUACAGAACGCACACAGGUGAACGUCCGUUUAAAUGCAAAAUUUGUGGACGCGCUUUUACAACAAAAGGUAAUUUAAAAACGCACAUGGGUGUACAUCGUGCUAAGCCACCAUUACGUGUACUACAUCAGUGUCCGGUGUGUCAUAAAAAAUUUACAAAUGCACUUGUACUGCAGCAGCACAUACGGCUGCAUACAGGGGAACCAACGGACCUAAGUCCUGAGCAAAUUCAAGCCGCGGAAGUAAACGAUUUCCCGGCUGGAUAUCCGCCGCAUCCACUUGCAUCGUUUCUGCCCCAGGGUUUCCCAGGACUUCAUCAUCCAGGUGGUGGUGGAUUUACUUUGGGAUUUCCACCAACACGACAUCCAGCUCUCGAGCGGCAUUUGCAAGACAACGACAUGGAUAUCAAGGACAUGAACAUUUACCAUCCGAAAAAUUUACAAUUUCACAAUCCAUUCCAGCACCCACGACCCCCGUACUUAGAUGAACACUCUGAGGACAUGGAAGACCAGGAUGAUGAUGAUGAAGAUCGACAUGACGACGACGAGAGGCUGGAAGAUUUACGUCAACGAAUAAAUCGUCGUCCUUCGACAACGGACAUUGAUGAUGACAAUGAAAAUGAGAGAGAUGAGACUAAAGAAUUGCCGUCGAUGAUAAUGCCACCGUGUUUUUCUACCUCACUAGCGGCAUUGGAAAAUCAAGUACGUACAAUAACAACAGUAGCUACUGGUGGAUUAGCAACACCAGGUGGUUCGACAUCACCAUUAGAUCGUUACAAUUCCAGUGAAAAAAGUACUAGUCCUCCGAGUUCAAUAGCCGGUGGACCACUUGAUUUAACUCCUCGCGCCUCUUCCACACCCGGUUCCGUGGUUUCCACAUCAACACCGCCACCACCAUUACCAACACCACUAUCACUACCACCACCACCACCAACGUUGCAGCAUCAUCCGCAUCCUUUCGGAAUGUUUGCAGGCCUAUUGCAGGCAGUAACAUCGUCACCUUCGUCUUCGGUUGGUAUCAACAACGUCAGCAACACCACCAGUACCAACGUCACCACCGCCAACAAUAACAGCAGCAGUAGUAACAUUAAUAUUAUCAACACCAAUAGCAACAGCAAUAGCAAUAGCAUCCAAACGACAACGGGCGUUACUAUUAACAACCUUGCGACAACAAUCAAUGCUGUUAGUCCACCUGGUAAUAGUAGUACUACUGGUGGAGGAGCACUUGCAUCGUUAACAACAUCUGCUGUACUCGCUGCAUCCUCGACCUACAAUCCGCUCGGCCUCGCUGUUGGAGGGCCAGCAGUACGUGGCAACACAACGUGUAAUAUCUGCUACAAAACGUUUGCGUGUAACUCCGCACUGGAGAUACACUAUCGGAGUCACACGAAGGAGCGGCCGUUCAAAUGCACCAUUUGCGACCGUGGCUUCUCGACAAAGAAUGACGACACGAUGAUAAGAACGUGUAACUGCUUGGAUACUCAAGAUGUAUUAUCACGCGGGGCAACAACACCCGCAUCAGUUAAACCAAAACGCAACAGGCGACGCAGGACCGAGGAGAAGAAAACCCGGGGGCGGUCAUCAGGAAACGGAGGCCGGUGGGCUUUAACUUCUACCUGUGCUCCUACUGCAUCAGUCCACUUGCCCCCGUUGAUGCCACCCGCCCUCGGACUUCUUACCUCGGACCACGUCUUCCUGGGUAACAUGAAGCAGCAUAUGCUCACUCACAAAAUAAGAGACAUGCCGGCGCAUUUGUUCAGUGAUGCGAAACCUGGAUCCCAGCUUCCAUCUCAGCAACAGCAGCAGCAAUCCCAGCUACAGCUUGAUCAGGAAAAUUCACAAAGUUCGCUGAUAAAUGAUGACUCGAGUCUUCCUCCACCGCCACCGCCUCCACCGCCACCACCACCGAUCCCUCCACCGAUGCCUCCGUCUUCAGUUGAGUCCGCGAUGCCUCCCAUAAAACGCUCGCCACCCGAAGGUGACCUUCCUGCGCCAAAGAGACCUAGCAUGUCCAGCAAGCACUUGUGCCAGGUUUGCAAUAAGAAUUUCUCGUCAUCCUCGGCGCUACAAAUCCAUAUGAGAACGCAUACUGGUGACAAGCCCUUUCGAUGCACCGUCUGCCAGAAGGCCUUCACCACCAAAGGCAAUCUUAAGGUUCACAUGGGGACACAUAUGUGGACGAACGGAGCUUCACGUCGAGGUCGCAGAAUGUCACUGGACCUACCGCCACUUCCCAUCACACCCAAGGACUCGGAGUUCCUCCAGCGACGACCGGAUCUCUUUUAUCCAUAUCUACCCGCGCCCUUCCUUAAUGGUGUUCAACAAAAAUUGAACGAGAUAUCAGUGAUCCAAAGUAACAAUGGUUUGCCUGGUACGCAUCCAGUAAAUGCGAGUAAAUACGCAGGUCUCUUUGGAUCAGUUUACGGCGGCGCUCCUGGGGGAUUCCCAAUGGAAAAACCGCCGAUGGCACCGAGUAAUGGACCAAUGAGUGAUGGGAAACCAAUAAUACCAUCUGGAUCAAUGCUCUUUCAAACACCAUCGCCAUCACACUCACCAGGUACACCGUCUUCCAAUACCGGUAAUCAAAAUUCCGCUAGUGUACCAGCCUGGAGUGGUGAAACUCUUCAGCAUCAUUACGAACGUGAGGGUCCGUCAUCGAGAUCUGAAAAUAAUUCUCCACCUACAGCACGAUUGCCACCAGCUUCAGCACCAAGAGGCGAAGGAUUAGCCGCGUGAAAUUUAUUCACUUAUUUUCAUUAAUUCACAUCAUCAUUAUCAUUUUAUCAUCACUAUUUUAUUUCCUUUUUACGUUUGUCGAUUUGCAUUUCCUCCUAAAAAAAAAAAAAAAAAUAAAUUAUUUUCCCAAAUCAAUUCCUCAAAAAAACUAAAAUAUCUUAAACUUUUAAACUGCAUUUUCCUCAUACACUCAAAGUAUUGUAUGUGACGUGUGCGUGUGUGUGCGUGUGUGCGUGCGUUAUAAAUUUAAAAAAAACUUUUAAGGACUCGUGUCCUUCCUACAACACUAGUCUAAAUAUUGUGAGAUAAAUCGUCAAGCUUUUUCUUUUAAUUAUUUAUUUAAAUAUUAAAACAUUAAAAAUAAAAAAAAAAGCUCGAACGAUUAUUGAUUCCGAAAAUGAAAUUUUAAUUAAAAUUAUAUUAAGAAAUUGCUCGUACGUAUUUAUUGUACGUACAAGAUUAAAUUAUUAAGCUACAGCACCUAGACUGAGCUCAGGCUAUUAUUUUAUUUAUUAUAAAUACUUAUUAUUAUUAUUAUUAUUAUUAUUAUUAUUAAAAAAAAAAAAGUUUUGAGCCACAAGACACGUGGUGCUGUAGAUACGAUUGCACUUUACGCAUAUGACCGUCCGUUUGCGUCAUUGAUGGGUCAAAUAUAUUGUGUUAGGUUGAUAAAAAAAAGUUAAGAUUAAUUUAUAACAUUUACUUAAAAUGUUAUUAUAAAUAUAUAUAUAAACAUAAAAAAAAAUAUAUAUAUAUAUAUGUUUAUAUGUACAUAUACAUAUUGAAUGCGAUGAUGACUGAGCGAUAGUGUGAAGUGACUUGUAUACUUUAUAAAAUAUUAUUAAAAUUAUUAAAUGGACAAAGUUAAAUCGUAUGAAUGUGUCGAAUGAUAAGGAACAUUUAAAUAUGUAUGUGUAUAUGUAAACAUAUGUGUGUAUGUAAAUAUAUAUGGAGGGUAAAAGUACCAUUUGUGGCCACUGAUGCAUUUCUGGAUAUUUAAUACACUAUUUUAAUUAAUGGAAAAGUAUAAAAAAAAAGUUCGGAAAAAAUUCCAAAAUAGUUCGACAUGUGAGAGUUUUAAAUUUGAGACAGUAGACCCUCGAGGGGAACUUAUGUAAUUUUGGUAGUAAAAAAAAAGUAUCUAAGAUUUUAUAUGACCGAAUUUUUAGUAAAAUAUGCUUUUAAAAAAUAUUUCUCAAAAUGUAUUUUUACAACAUUUUACCUUCGUUCCAAAAAAGUUCCCCCGAAAUAACCCCAUAAGAAUCAAAAAUAUUAAAAAAAGUUCGAAAUUUGAGGUUUUUGAACUUUUAUGAAAUUCGCUCAUAUAAAGUCCCAGACAAACUUUUUUUUUUACUAUAAAAUUUGCAAAAGUUCAAAAAUAGUUCCACAUGUUGACCUUUUUUGGAAUCUUUUUAGAAAAAAUUUUUUACACAAAAGUGUGAUAAAAGUAUUUUCGUAUAUAUUUAAAAAACUAAUCAUGUACUGUAAAAAAUUUUCGGAGUGAAUGCGGAGCAGAUGUUUAAUUAUUUAAUCCUCUCGGAGAGAAAUUUACUCCAAGGAGAAGUUUAUUUUAAUAUUGAAACUCCGAAUCGGAGUUAAUGUGGAUUUAAAUACAUUCUUCACUAAAAAAAAUAAUUGGUAGCAGCUACCUAUUGGCUCGGGGUAGCUACUACCGAUUAUUUUUCGGUAGCCGCUACCGAUUAUUUUUGUACCAGUCACCUAAUUUUCGGUAACAGCUACUGAUUUUUUUUCGGUAGCUGCUACCGAUUCCAAUCAAUAACGACUUCCGAAAUAAUCGGUAGCGGCUACCAAAAAAUAAUCAGUAGCGGCUCCCAAAAUUUUUUUUUAGUGUUGAUCCAAAAUUACUUCAUUGAAAAGACAAACUUCUUGUUUACUCCUUAUUCACAGUAAUUUUUGUUUAUAGUUCCGAAACUGAGUGAAUUCGGAUUUAAACAAAAUCCGUAAUUACUCCCGAUUUUUUACAGUUUUAUUGCGUAUUUUGCAUAUUAUUUUAUUUUAAUUUUUUAAGUGUCAAAAACUGACUCUACAGUAGCC